AUGAACGAUCCGAGGAGGUUGUACCCAAUAACCCCUGUACCGACGGUAACGACGCCCACGAUCCAUGGUGUCGACGAGAAGGAGGGCUUCUGGGCUUCGGUCGCUAGUGACUCAGGUCUCGAUGACAUUUCGAUCUUGUAUCGUCGAAUGAGAGGUAUUAUGUGGGUGAUCAUGAUCACGUCGUGUCUGCCAGACAUGGGUUUGGAGCUGAAGAUUGCCGUGCCCGAUAUUCUCGAGAGGCCGCCCAUUUCGCUGAAGGCGGGAGUCUUUACGUGA